UCACCUCUGUCGCCCCUCUCUCCGACGAUAAGUGGGCUUCAGGCUAAGCUGAGGAACCGCAUUCCGACCCAGCUAAGGCGAUCUGUCCCGCUGUACCUCCUGUGCCUCACCCUGCUUUUUCUCGUCUUCAAGGCAGAUAUCUUUACCGUGUCACCGGCGAAACCCGUCGUCUUCAAGCGCCAGUCUUCCCAGACGGUUCUAGGCGGGUCAAUAGCUCCGUCGGCGAGAGCUGACUUCCCCAAAAAGAUAUGGCAGACAUGGAAAACAGACCCUUACCACUUCGCCAAGCGAGAUCUGAAGACAGCUCAGUCAUGGACAACAAAGAACCUCGGUUAUCGAUAUGAAGUUCUGACGGAUAACAACGAUAUGAUGUUUGUCGAACAGCAUUUCGGUCCUGGCGGCCUCAACCGUCCGGACAUUGUCAACAUGUACCGCGAGAUCAAUACCACAAUCAUCAAGGCCGACCUUCUUCGCUACAUGAUCAUGUAUGCUGAGGGCGGAGUGUAUGCCGACAUUGACGUGGAGGCGCUGAGAACGGUUGACCGCUAUGUCCCUGCGCGGUACAAUGUUGGCGACAUCGAUAUGGUUAUCGGUGUGGAAAUCGACCAACCAGAAUUCCGGGACCACCCAAUCCUCGGCAAGAAGUCGGCCAGCUUCUGUCAAUGGACCUUCAUGUGCAAGCCUCGCCUCCCCGUGAUGCUGCAGCUUAUUGAGAACAUUAUGGGCUGGCUGUCCGGGACUGCCGCGCAGCAGAACGUCCACAUCUCAGAGGUCGUGCUCGAUUUCGACGAGGUCAUCAGCGGCACAGGGCCAUCAGCAUUCACCGCCGCUGUCCUGAAGGAGAUGAACAAUCCGAUACGCGACGGCAAGAAGAUUACUUGGGACGACUUCCACGGAAUGGACGAGUCCAGGCUGGUCAGCCGGGUCUUAGUUCUGGAUGUUGAAGCAUUUGCAGCGGGGCAAGGCCAUUCCGACUCGGGGAAUCACAACUCGCGCGGCGCUCUCGUCAAGCACCACUACCACGCCUCUAACUGGCCUAGCAAGCACCCACGCUUUAGUCAUCCGGCAUACGGUGAAGUGGAGCGCUGCAAUUGGGAUGUGGCUUGCGUCAAAAAAUGGGACACCGACGUAGAGACUUUCAAAACUCUCUCGCCGGAGGAACAGCAGAGGAAGAUC